GCGCCAAGUGUAGCAGUCCUGUCCGCAGUCUGCCUCAGCACAUCAUAUGCCCGCAAUGCCCUUGGGUACAGCCGCCACGCUCAUUCCCGAACCUCUCUGACUGACUGUAUCUCUAAACCAGGCUCUCUGGAUCCGUACUCCACUGUCUGGAGUCUUCUGCGCUGCGUGAAGCGAAUGGAGAAGCCCCAAGGAUAACAGAGGGUGCAGGAUUGCGCUACUGCAGGAGACCUGCCGGCAGUACGCUGCCCCCCGUGGGGGUGGGGGGGCUGCCUGUCUGUCAGAGGCUGUGGUGUCGCAUCCACUAUUUUCAUUCUCUCAACUCUUCUUGCAUGGAUACAUCAUGGCUACGUUUAUAUGCAGGGUACAGUUCUUAGAUGAUACUGAUCCUUUUAACAGCACCAAUUUUCCUGAGCCCACCAGACCACCGUUGUACACGUUCAGAGAAGAUAUUCCUCUGAUCAAUCAGAUUGCUGGAGUCCACAGGCUGCUUAAAGCCCCACAAAAGCCGGACGACUGUGCCCUUCAGCUGUCCCAUAAUGGAAGCUAUCUGGACUUGGAGUCCACCCUGGCAGAGCAAAGAGAUGAACUGGAGGGAUUUCAGGAGGAAGGAGGGAGAGGCAAGAAGCACAGCGUUAUUCUACGGACACAGCUGUCAGUCAGAGUUCAUGCCUGCAUUGAAAAACUGUACAACUCUACUGGCCGUGAGCUACGCAGAGCCCUCUUUUCCCUCAAGCAGAUUUUUCAGGAUGACAAGGACUUGGUACACGAGUUCGUGGUGGCAGAAGGACUCACAUGUUUGAUAAAAGUGGGGGCUGAAGCUGACCAGAACUACCAGAAUUACAUCCUCAGGGCUCUUGGUCAGAUUAUGCUGUAUGUGGACGGGAUGAACGGCCUCAUAUCUCACAAUGAAACAGUCCAGUGGCUUUACAGCCUGGUGGGAUCUAAGUUUCGUCUGGUGGUGAAGACGGCUCUAAAGCUGCUGCUGGUGUUUGUGGAGUACACGGAGUCUAAUGCCACUCUCCUAAUAAAGGCUGUGAACGUUGUGGAUACAAAAAGAGGUUCAAAGCUGUGGUCAAACAUCAUGGAGAUCCUGGAUGAGAAAGAUGGAGUGGAUACAGAGCUGCUGGUGUAUGCAAUGACUCUCAUCAAUAAGACUCUGGCAGGCCUCCCAGACCAGGACUCGUACUACGACAUGGUGGACUGUCUGGAGGAGCAGAGCAUUGAGGCCAUGGCCCAGAGACACUUAAGUAGGAAGGGCACUGACCUGGACCUUGUGGAACAAAUCAACAUUUAUGAGGUGACUCUCCGGCAUGAGGACGGUGACAAUGAGACCCAGUUGCCUCCAAGUGGCCGCAAAGACCGUCGUCGGGCUAGCGUUGGCGGCACAAACGAGAGACGUGGCCUGGAGAGAAGACGCAGCCGAAGACAUUCACUUCAGAAUAGCAGAGGCCAUGCUUCUGCCCCUGCUUCACCCAGCAGCCCUCACACUGCUGCGAGCAGCUUCCUGCCCUUUGGCGGCCAACGCGUGGAAGACAUCAGUGAAAGUCUGACUGAUUUAAACAACUUGCCUACAUCUAACACAGCUAGAAAGCCCUGUUGGGCUGAAAGAAUCAGUGCAAAUGGCACUCCAUACCCUGGCAGGCACCAGGCUCCUACAUCAUCAAACCAACGCUUCACCGCUUCAGCACCCUCCACACCAGACUCCAAAUCCACGGACAGACCUGCUUUAGGAGGUUUGCUGACUUCAUCGUACAGACAGCAUCAGGAGUCUCUGGCUGCAGAGAGAGAAAGGAGGCGAGUGGAAAGAGAAGAGCGUUUGCAGAGAAUUGAAAGAGAAGAGAGGAACCGCUUCAAUCGGGAUUACGGUGAAAAGAGGGAAGAACUGAGACAAGCCCGAGAAGAAAGGUACAAAGCUGUGGAGAGGAUAGCUGCUGAAGAGUUAGAGCGAGAGCGGCCCAGAGUGACAAGAGGACGUACAGAGAUCACUUUAUGUUUGAGUCCGACGCCUGCAAGCCGCUCAGCAUCCCGCUGUACCACACCUUCAUCCAUUAUCUCACAGGAAGACAUCGUCACAACAGCACACCAGACAUCAGGAGCAGAACAAAUCUCAGAGCCAAACCUUGACCCACAGAUCAGGACCAAAAGUCCAGCACCAGAGUUAAGAGUAUCACAGCCAUCUCCCACACCUCCCUCUGAGCCAGACAAGCAUCAGACUGAGACAGAGUCGUCUGCGGAGACAGAGGAUGCUGCUGAGUCCAAGCAGAGUGCAGUGGUGGAGCUGGCUUCAGAUGAACAGUCAGGCAUGGAGGAAAAGGAGAAACAGGAGGAAAAAAAGCUGGAGGAUCAGAAGCAGAGUGUGGGUGAGGUAGAAGAGCAUGUAGAAGUAGUCAAAGUAGAGGAUGUAGCCGAAGGUGGAGAGCCAAAUUUGGAAGUGAACGUAGAGUUGGAGGAGGAGUUUGAGAAGGAGCAAACGACAGAAAAGGAUGUAGAUGAGAGUGUACUGCUGAGCGAGAAGGAAAGACAAAAUGAGGAAGUUAAUGAAAAGGACAACUGCUCUGCAUCCAGCAUCUCCUCCACGAGCAGCACUCUGGAGAGGGAGGAGCGCGAAGAGAAGCUCAACAAUGACAUUGAAGCAGGCCAGUGGACCUCGUGCAUUAAAGAUGCAGAUGUGAAUGACCACUGCAACAAAAUACUCAACAGUAAGCGCUUCAUGCUGGACAUGCUCUAUGCUCAGAAGACAACCGGCAAUGAUGAUGACGGGAAUGUAGAAGAAACAGAAAAAGACAAGUGUAAAUGUGAGAAGGAGACAGAGGUCAGCGACUCGUCUGUGGCUAGCUUGGCCAGCAGGAUCUCCACGCUGGAGGCUCACAGACAGGCCAGGGGAGAAAUUGUGAAGAAAAUGGAGGUGGGACACUUGGACAACCAAGGAAGUGUUCGAGCGGUGGCGGAGAAGUUUGGAGAUUUAGUAAAAGGCCUGACGUCUCCUCCUGAAGUCGAAGCUUCCAAAGAACAGCAGCAGCAGUCUGACAAAUCAUCAACGACGCAAUCAUUACCCCCAAAGAAAGAGUCGGACUACAUCUGGGAUCAGCUGAUGGCCACGCCCAGAGAGCUGCGGAUCAAAGAGAUGGACUUCACUGACCUGAAGGAUGAGGAUGACAUGGACAUAUUAGAUAUAAACAAUGUGAUGGGCUCAGGUGACCUGAUACCACCUCCCCCUCCUGCCCUGCCACCACCCCCGCCACUUUUUGGUUGCCCUCCUCCUCCUCCCUUGCUAGGCAAAAUGAUGCCCCCACCCCCUCCAUUUAUGGCCCCAAUCCCUCCACCCUCCCCUCAGCUGAGUCGAGGGGAGAUUCCUCUCUUUCAAAAGAAGAAGAAGACGAUCCGUCUCUUCUGGAACGAGGUGCGUCCAAUGGACUGGCAAUGUAAGAGCCAUAAAUUCUGUAAGGAGUCCCUCUGGUCCAAACUGGAUCCUGUGAAACUAGACACGUCCAAGCUGGAGCAGCUGUUUGAGUCCAAAUCCAAGGAGCUGCCUGUCACAAAGAAAGCAGCUGUAGAUGGCAAACGACAAGAAAUCAUAGUCCUGGAUUCAAAACGCAGCAAUGCCAUAAACAUCGGUUUGACUGUGUUACCUCCCCCACGCACCAUUAAGACCGCAAUCCUCAACUUUGAUGAGUAUGCUCUGAACAAGGAGGGCAUCGAGAAAAUCCUGACAAUGAUCCCCACAGAGGAGGAGAAGCAGAGGAUUCAGGAGGCUCAGCUGGUCAACCCUGAUAUUCCCCUGGGCAGUGCUGAGCAGUUCCUCCUUACCCUCUCCUCCAUCACUGAGCUGUCUGCUCGCCUGCAGCUGUGGGCCUUCAAGAUGGACUAUGAGCUUAUUGAGAAGGAAGUGGCAGAGCCUCUGCAGGACCUGAAGGAAGGGAUGGACCAGUUGGAGAAAAACAAAACACUCCGCUAUAUCUUGACCACGUUGCUGGCCAUUGGCAACUUCCUCAACAGCACCAACGCCAAAGGCUUUGAGCUGAGUUACUUGGAGAAAGUCCCAGAGGUUAAAGAUACUGUUCACAAGCAGUCCUUGCUGCACCACACCUGCGCCAUCGUGGUCGAGAAGUUUCCAGACAGUACUGAUCUCUACUCUGAGAUAGGAGCCGUCACCAGAUUAACAAAGGUGGACUUUGACCAGCUUCAAGACAAUCUGGCCCAGAUGGAACGAAGGUGCAAAGCAUCAUGGGAUCAUCUCAAAGUCAUUGCAAAACAUGAGAUGAAACUAGCACUGAAACAAAAAAUGUCGGACUUCCUCAAAGAAUGUGCAGAAAGAAUCAUUAUUCUGAAGAUUGUGCAUCGAAGAAUAAUCAACAGGUUUCAUGCCUUUCUGAUGUUCCUGGGCCAUCCGAUAUACGCGAUACGUGAGGUCAGCAUUCAUCGCUUUAGCAAGAUCUUGAGUGAAUUUGCCCUGGAGUAUCGCACAACAAGAGAGCGCGUGCUACAACAGAAACAGAAGAGGGCCAACCACCGAGAGAGAAACAAGACCAGGGGAAAAAUGAUAACAGAUAGUGAGGAUGAAGAUGAGAGUGAGAAUGGUAAAUUUGGCAGUGCCUCAUCAGAUGCACAGGAGAGUCAGCCUCAGGGGAUCCAGUAUGCUGAAGAUGCUGCUGAACACGAGAACAUGAAGGCUGUGCUGAAGAGCAGCUCACUGGGAGGAGAGAGCGGGACAUCCACAGUGCCUGGCCUACGAACACGCACCAGAGCCAGCAGCACAAGAGGGCGUGUUCCCCCAUGGUGCUCUGCCAGUGAUGACCCGGUGAACUGCACAGAUGACACCGCUGAUGAGAUCAUGGAGAGGAUCGUGAGGUCAGCCACUCAGGGGCCCAGCACACGGACUCAACCUCGUGAGAGAAGACGGUCACGAGCCAACAGAAAAUCACUGAGGAGGACACUGAAGAGCGGUUUAACAUCAGAGGAAGCCAAUGCUCUGGGCUUGUCCAGUGGUUCAGAGAUGCAGGUGUGACCCGGACAGUAUGAUGUCUGGUAGCCUGUUCACUGCCCCUCAAGCGCCCACACCCAACUUGGCAACCCACUCGCCUCUGGCUUGGCUCUUUACCCUCCUUGAGCUCAUUCUUGCGUCUGGCUUGACACCAAUGCUUCCGGAAGAAAGUGGAAAAACAGGAAGCUGCGUUUAAAACCACCUAGCUUUGCUUUUCGCUGGAUAAAUAUCAUUGAAGUGCAUCCACGAGGCUCAACCACAGUCAUCAUGCAGGAAAAAAAGAUUCCAAUUUUUUUCAAGGGUGAGGGCAACAAAGAGGUUGGCAGUAUGCGUGUCUCAGCCUCUGUGGCCUUGACUGAAUCCUAAGGGCGUGACUUGUUGACAAAGACUUUAAACUCUCCUCUGCCGGGGUUGAGAGUGAGCCCUGCAGCUUCAGUCACAAACUAAAUUGAAAAUGGUUCAUCUAUUGAUUAGAUGGCUUUGUGCAGAAGGUGUUCUGUUAAUACUACUGUGGUAGUUUGUGUUUCUAGACAAUUUUUCUCAAGAAGGUGCUCAAACAGGAAAAAGUGCACUGGAUGUAAAAGUUGGGUAUCAAAAAUGGAAUGUGAAAUCCUUCAACACUGAUGAACCACUCUGACAUCUGAAAAAAUACUCCACAGUUUAACCAGCAAAUAAACAGUAGCACAGUUUUUAAAUGUCCAUUUCAAGUGGAGAGACUCCAGUCAGGUGUGUCUGACUGCAUUCAUCAUACAAACAUGUUCGGCUUAAAUAAACAUAUUGCUUCGUCACAGUUGGAAAUGAGAGCAGAUGUAGUGUUACAGGUGAGCAACCUUUGUUUAGUCAUGUGGUUUUAUUUCUUGAAACUAUGAGCUGCACAUUUCAGAGUGCCUUUAAAGACAGUUAUUUAUUAAGACGUUUUCAGGGACAAAUAAUUGAACAAUGUUGCUACAGGUGUGUGGUCUGCGAUGGGGUGAGAGGAUUUUACUGCAACCAACGUACUACAUGUGCUGUGAUUUCUUUUUAACCAGUGUUUUUAAAAAGUGUCCAGGCAAAGUUCAGUUUUUCUGUGUUAAUGGAAAACUUGAUUAAAUGUUAUGAAGAUAGCUGUAGAGCAUUUCGGACAUCAUAGGGGUUUGGUUAUGUGUUAGCUACAUUCAGUUGCCUUACUGCAGAAUAUGCCGCUAGUCAAGUUGUAAUAGAAGAGUUCAACAUUGACCAGGCCAAAAUGAUGUGUAGUUCAGCUGACAUCACUGGAGAUCUGUCAUUUACAUAACUAUGAAUGUGAACAUCAGGGGUUACAUAAUAACAUGGGCGCAUAUAACCCUCCAUUAUUUAUCUAUUUAAAGUCUCUAUUGAAGUGAAUAAGAAGGAGCCCACAGUUGGAACUUUUUGGUUGUGUUCUUCAACUACAGAGCUCACUUUGCUAAUAUGUCAUUAUGAAUGGCCUUGGCUAACAUUAUAUCACACAUAGCGCCGUUUUCUGUCCAGGAUAAUGUAGCAACGAGCAUUAUUUUUACUGUGAUGGAAACAGCUAUGGAGAGAAUCUAGCGCAACAUAAUACGUCAUAAAACCACACCAGCAGUUUUUUUUUUUUUUUUUUUUUUUUUAGAUUUUACUGAACCCUUUCAGCACCUUAGACUCCAUGUGUAGCAUGCAUCUUAGAAAUCAAUUAUUUGUUUAUACUGAUUUUGGUCAUAAAUGAGACUGAGUAAAUGUGUAAUUUAGGAGGCUGUAAAAUGAUGUACUUCAUUGUCAUUUGUGUUCUGUUGUUUUGCUUUGUGUAGAAUAGUGUAUAAUAAACUAAAGGCAGUAUUAUUCCAAAUAUAAUUUAAACAAAUUAAGCCAUGCAUGGCUUUAAAAGCUGUCACUUCAGCUUGGUACAAAAGGAGUAUGCGUUUGUGUUACUAAACCUUUAACACCACAGACUGUAAUGUGGAAAAAUGUAAUGAAACACAGAGAUCCACUUCAUUAGUUAUCCCUGCCGCACCCAUGAGAAGCCUUUGAUUUCAUUGCACUCAACUUUUUUGUCUUUUAAUUUAACAUUAUGACAUCACACUCAUUGCUGCCUGUGCCAUAACUUCACUGUUGAACCUGGACACAAGUGCUAUACAACCAUGGCUUCUGUUGCAUCUACGCCCUACGGCAAAAACUAUGUAACAUCUACAAUAAAAAGGCUCAUCAAAA